CAACGGCAACAGUAUAUCGCACUUUUGUCCGUUUUCGAUUCGAUGUUCGAUAUUGCAUUAAAGUGAACUUCCGUCAAGUUAACUGUGACAAAAAUAUAAAUCACUUUAUUAAUUUUAAGCCGUUUAGUGAAAAAGCAGGACACACACACGCGGCACCAAUGUAUGGUAUGUUAUUGGAGAGCGUCCAGCACUUCGUGCAGGAACAAUUCGGCGAUCUGGUGUGGAAACAGGCGCUACGAGCGACAGGAUGCAAACAUACUGUUUUCAAUACACAUCAAAUUUACCCGGAUUCGCUCAUGCCUGAUUUAGCGGAGGCGCUGUCAGCAAUAACAGGCGAAUCGUUUGAUUAUUUUAUGAAUUUCUUCGGCAAGUGUUUCGUGCGCUUUUUCACCAAUUUCGGUUACGACAAAAUGCUGAAAGCAACUGGGCGUUAUUUUUGUGACUUUUUGCAAUCGGUUGACAACAUUCACCUCCAAAUGCGCUUCACUUACCCAAAAAUGAAGAGUCCCUCCAUGCAGCUCACCGAAACUGACGAGAAUGGUGCGGUUUUAGUAUACCGUAGCGGUCGUUCAGGGUUUUCUAGAUAUUUCAUGGGACAACUAUGUGAAAUAGCCGAAGUUUUUUACAAACUAAACGAUAUGACCGUCCGAAUAUUGGAGAGUAAGAAUGACGAUCCGGGCAGCACUACAAGCCCAUUGUCGUUGGAUGCAAAAACGGUUUUUGUAAAAUAUCGUCUGGAUUUUGAUAAUAGAGAUUAUAUGUCGAAGCGGGUGAAUGUUUUGGCACAUCCAUCCCAAUUGGAGCUUGGACAUGUCGACAGCAGUAUUCUGCUUGAAUUGUUUCCAUUUGCUGUAAUUUUGGAUCAUGAUAUGCGCAUUUCACGGGCUGGUGAAAAAAUUCUCGAAACAUGGAUCCUUCAAAAUCCUUCAAGACCACCACAAUCAUUUUGGGGCUCAAAACUGGUUGAUAUUUUUAAACUGCGUCGCCCGAAGGGUAUUCGUGUCGAUUGGGAUAUAGUGUUGCAAAUGAAUUUGGUUAUUUUUGAAUUGGAAUUAAUUCGCAGCGAACACGAUUCAGACAAAGCUGAACAACACAUUGUGAAAUCAGUAACCGACAAUGGUCUUGACGUACCAUGCGGCAGCAGCACGAAUUUGUAUGAUGUCAAUAGCUGUGCAUUUGAAGCAGCACAAACAGCAAUGGAUCGACGGGGUUCGCAAGGUUGGACCCGAGUUCUACUGAAAGGUCAAAUGCGAUACAUUCAAGACAUUGAUUCGAUUAUAUUUCUAUGCAGCCCACUCAUAAAUAAUUUGGAUGAAUUGCACGGUAUGGGAUUGUAUUUGAAUGAUUUGAAUCCACAUGGUUUGAGUCGAGAGAUGGUCUUAGCCGGUUGGCAACAUUGUUCAAGAAUUGAAUUGAUGUUCGAGAAAGAGGAACAGCGAUCGGAUGAACUUGAGACCUCUCUUAAAUUGGCAGACUCAUGGAAACGUCAAGGUGAUGAAUUACUGUAUUCGAUGAUACCGAGACCAGUUGCAGAACGAUUACGUUCAGGACAGAAUACACUAUCGACGUGUCAAAGUUUUGAAGUGGUGUCUGUUCUAUUUGCUGAGGUUGAAGAUAGCACUUUCGACGGUGGCAAUUCGGUUCAGGAUGCUAUGAGUCGAGUAUCCAUUUUAAAUGCGGCCUUUUCUGCUUUUGACGAAGAGGUCAACUCGCCCAUGGUUUAUAAAGUCGAAACAGUCGGCUCUGUAUAUAUGGCUGUGAGUGGCGCUCCAGAUGUAAAUCCGCUUCAUGCAGAAUGUGCCGCUGACUUGGCUCUGAAUAUGAUUCGCCGUAUAAAGUUACUAAAACUUCCAGGCGUCACUGUCAAAGUUGGAAUUCAUUCUGGAUCAGUUGUGGCUGGUGUUGUCGGUCUCAAAGUACCGCGUUACUGUCUUUUUGGCGACACCGUAAAUACUGCCUCACGAAUGGAGAGUAGUGGACUACCAAAUAAAAUUCAAAUCAGCAACGAAACUGCGUCCAAACUUCACAACAAGGGCUAUGAAGUUGUUCAACGCGGCUUUGUGACAGUUAAAGGAAAGGGUGAAAUGCAAACCCACUGGCUUGAAAAGGGACCACACGAAAGACUUGAAGAUGAAGAGCUAUAUUUCGACGAUAAAUAAGGACUUCAUCAAAUGAAUAAUAAUUUAUUUUUAUGGAAACUUUUGACGCUCAAUAUUACCAAAGAUUUACCAAAUACCUCAAUACUAUCCACCUUUCAAAAAUAUGACGUUUAAUUAAAA